GUGGUUAAAAGCAAAGUUGGAGGACUCAGACAACUCACUGCUUGGGUUUUGUGUCUUUUUUUUUUUUUUAACAAACCAAAGGAUAUAUAACUGAUAUAUCCUAUACACGAUUUGGUCCACACUUUAAAUAAAUGGAGUGACAUUUUGGAUGUAUACUGUAGUUCAAAUUCACAGGUCUUGGAACUAAUAUUUCAUGUUUGAUAAACUUGUAUUAAGCCUUUCGUGUCUCCAGAGGGAGCUCUGUGAAAUCUGAUGAACUGCCUUUGCUGGCAUGAUUUGGGUCCACUUGUUCUUUUGGAGGGAAGAGACACUGCAAAUGAAUAUGAACUUACUCUGAUCAUCUUUCUAAACAUUUCUAUCCUGAUUGGAGUGGUCUCUUCCAGUAUGAAAGUGCCUCCAUCCAUAGGGCAUGAGAGGGGUCAUUGAAUGGGUUGGUGACUAUGAAAAUGAUGUGAAUCAUAUGCUAUGGCCUUCACAGUCACCAGAUCUCAACCCUGUUCAACACCUAUGGGAGUUUGGACCGAUGUGAUAGACAGUGCUCUCCACCACCAUCAUCCAAACACCAAAUGAUGGAAUAUCCUUUGGAAGAAUGGUGUUGAUCUCUCCUGCAGAGUCCAGAGACUUGUAGAGUCAAUGCCAAGGUGCAUUGAAGCUAUUCUGAUGGCAUAUGGUGACCCAGCACCUUAUUAAGACCUUUCAUUUAUCACCGGUUUUGUCUAUGAAUGAAUGUCACUUUCAGCUUUUUCUCAUUAGGGGUCGCCACAGCGAAUUGUCACACUGAUGAUUCGAAUGUAUGCUUCCAAAAUUUAGCAAGUGUUGCAUGCAUAUAAUAAAAUGACAGGCAAAGUUGCAACAAACAGCAACAAGAUGCUGGUACUGUUUGAGCCACAUUUUGUGUUAAAAAUGUUGCUACCGUGUGACUCUCUGUGAUUUCAUGUGGCAGGAUGUCUUGUUUGAAUAUAAGAGGAAGUUGGACAACAACAGCUUUCAGUGUUCUGCUUUCAUUGUCUCAGUAGAAGGAGAUGAUGUUCAUUCUCCUUUUAUGAAUAACAAAUCCAGCUUCCUCAUCCCUCCUCACCCACUGUAUCCCCUUGCUAGUGCAGGCUGCUCUACCCUCUACCUGGAUUAUUUUGGUCCUGAGGAGGAGAGCAGAUCCAGUAGCAACAGUCCACCUCCAGGUGUUGACCCUGAGCUGUAUGAGUUGACCAUCAGCAAACUGGAAACCAGUGCUAACCGCUGCCACCUAGAGGACACUUUGAAUUGUCUGAUGUCUGCUGCAGUUAAGACCAGUACUUCAGUCAGGAACCCUCAGCAGGAUGAAGAGCUGACUAUGGAGGCUAGCAGGGUGGUCACUGGGCUUCCUAACCUAUCCUUCAUGAUGGCCAAGGUCCUCAUGUUCCCAAGCAUCCUUUUACCCAGAGAAUGCAGUGCAGAGUGAUUUUUUGUUUGUGUGUCCACACACAUUUACACUAGAUGAUUAGAGCAUUUGGACAAAGUACUUCACCUACGGGAGUACUCACUCUUAAGACUAACAGUUAGCUCUUUGUCGGUAGAACAGCAGAAUUCCAACUUAUGCAUCAGUGUCAGUGUACAAUCACCUGCAAAGUGAAAAUCAGCUGUUUUAAUCUUGUUUAUUUUACACCAAGGCAGAGAUGGAGGUAGCAGAGAUGAGGAUGUUGAGGUUC